AUGCCGGGUGGCUCCCGGAGUCGAGAAGGCUGUUUCAACUGCCGGAAACGGAAACGAAGAUGUGAUGAAGAGAAACCAGUUUGUCGACGAUGUCGUAAAACUCGAGAUGAUUGUGUCUUUCCGGAGCCGGCCUCUGCUUCUAAUCUCAAGUUUGUAGUGGCGGCUUCUGACCAUUAUCUAGUACCGAUUACCACACAGAACACAAGUUUCUUGAACCUCUCACCUCAAGAACUUGUAUCUAUUUGUGAUCACUUCAAAGGACGUGUACCACUUCCCCGCACACUCUCGCCCUUUCUCUUUGAGUCGCAAGGGAACAAAGCCAUUGAACAGUCACUUGUGCAGUAUUAUGUCGAAGUCAUCUCUAGUAGUCGAGUCUAUGUGGAUACUAGUCGGAAUGGGUUCCGCACAUCAGUUAUACCUCGAAUGUUCCAAGGCCCUCUACUCUCUGCAGUGUUAGCCAUGAGCGCUGCAGAAUGGGCGCAGAAUGUACCCAAUGGAGACUACCAAGCUUUGUCGGUACAGUACAAGGUCCGGGCUCUCCACGAACUCCAACAGGCUUUACUCGACUCACAAGGCAGCGAGGGUAAUCUCCUAACCUGUGUUCUUUUGGCGUCUCUGGAAAUCGCCCACGGUUCUUGUCCAACUUGGCUUCACCAUCUCCAAGGCGCCCUUGCUCUACUGGAAAGUUUUGGGACAAGUAUUGAUCCCAAUGUGGCCGAAUUCGUUCUACAGUAUUUCCGAUUCCGAUACAUCCUGAUGGAAACAACUCAACCAAGUCAUGAGGAUGACCCAUAUCGUCAUGCCAUGGUCAAACUGGCCAAAGCUGAAGCUAAUCUUCCACAUGCUCGAAACCUUGUCGACGAACAAAUAGGUUGUUCAAUGGAUCUGGUUGACAUCAUCAACGAGAUUUCCUCACUGUCUACGAACAUACCCCAGGAUCUCCACGCCAAAGGCCAAGAAAUCGAACAAAGAAUUGAACAUUUAUCCCAGGACAACGUCGACGAGUACCUCUGCAAAAGUGCAGAGUCGUUUAGAAUUGCAGCCCAAAUUUACCUCCGCCUCGUGUGUUACAACACUCCCAUCACCCACCCGUCUAUUCUACAGCCCCAUGAAGCUCUCCUACUAUGUCUCUCCGAUAUCAUAGUUGAAGGACAAACAAGAAGAUCAUUCCCAAUGUGGCCACUAUUCCUAGCUGGCUGUGCAUGCUCGUCAGAUCAGCAACGCAAGGUUGUGCUGGACCAUUUCGCAUUAUUGGAUAGUCAGUGGCCUAUAAGCAACAUUUCGGCGGUUUGGAAUGCUCUCAAAUUGAUCUGGCAUACCAGAGAUUUGCACACAUCGUCUUCAAAUCAGGACUGGAGAGAGGUUGUUCACAAAUUUGGGUGGAAGCUGUCUUUAUCGUGA